CUCUAAAAACGUUAUAGUAGGGUUCCUCCUUAAGAACUUUCUUUAUAAUUGAGAUUCUAAUAUUCGCGGCUACUUUCAUUACUAUCAAUUUAUCUUUUAUCUGAACCAAUCAGUAAAAUUAUCUUUCUUUAGAAUUUGAACUUUGUCAUAUUAUGACGUAAGAUCAUUAGCAUCUUUAAAUUGCGAAAAUAGGAGAGAAAAAAGCAUGUACUGUGAAAUCAUUUAAAUUCGCUAGCAUGAAAUUGCGCGCAAACGGCAAAAAAGCAGUUUCGCGCGGGCCUUAAUUCAUAAAUCGCCAGCAUCACAUUUGUCUCUAUAAUGUACCGCAUGUCAAUAAAAGUGACCUUGUGAAAAGUCAAUAUGACAAUGCAACUGAUAAUUGAUGUUAAUUGACACUAUGGAUUUGUGAAGUGUAAAAGAGCAUGGAAUAGUUUGAAGUCGCUUGUCCAACCACUCUUAAGCAAACAAUGGCAGGUGCAAAUAAUUUUUAAUGGACAGAUCCCAAACUGUCAAUCAUCAAUGUUUACAUAAAACAGACUGUCCAAUCAGGACUGCCAAAUGCGAUUGACCUAGUUUACACAACAGACACGUGCGUUGUUUGUGAUACCGCUUGUGAGCACUUUACCUUGGUAUGAACUUUACCUUGGUAUGAAUAGAAUAGCAAUAGAGAGAGGAGUUAUGUGUAGGUUACUAACCAAGUAGGAGGUGGUCAUGAAUUGAAAAUACCCGCGCUCGUGCAAAUCGUGUUUCCGCACGACCGCGAGUAUUUUCAAUUGAUGAACACCGAUGUAGGAGAUAAGUACCUACUUACAAAAUGUCAUAUUAAUUUGUUACUUUUUAUUUGACCUAGUGACCUAGUUUUUUGACCCCAGAUAAUACAUUUUCUUAUUUAAAUAAGACAAUUAUUUUGACUAAAUUUCAUGAUUAAUUGAAAAAUACAGCCUCUAUUGCAUACACAAGCUAAAUGUUGACGGAGAAACACAGACGACGGAUGACGGACAUCGAGCGUUCACAAUAACUCGCCUGUCUGGAGAAAAAAGGUUAACAGAAUGUACAACUAUUCAAAAUUUACAAAAUAAUCUCAUGAAAAAAUUUUAUCAAAAUAAUACAUGGAAAAUUCAUACAUAUGUAUAUCAAAUGGAACAAUAACUUUAUAUUUUUUUAAACGAGACAAACCCAAAGUAAAUAUUGAAACGUUUAAACUAUGAACUAUGUCAAUUUAACGAUGAUAUGUGUUUUUCUAGGAGGACUUUCUUCAGUAAUGCCAAAAGUGUUCAUUAAUACGUGCAUAUUGGUGUACAUGUCAUGCACGUGCAAAAUAUGGUAAAUUGGCAAAAACGCCUUAAGCGGUUACUAUGGCGAUUAGUCGGUCAAAAAUAAAAAUAAAUCAAUGAUUAGCUGCUGUACCUAUUUAGAUGUCGGUAUGUAAAAUUUCGUGUAAUACAAUAAAACCUGACCGAUUAGGAAUUUUGUUGAGUGUAAAUCAGCUUGUUGGUAAACAUCACCACGACCACAAACUAAGAAUGAAUUAGCAAACUUAAAGUUCUCUGUAAAGUUAAAUCAUAUCUACAUCGCCUAUCCCCGAUUUUUGAUAAUCGAUACACUGCUUGUAAAAAUGCAAAAAAAUAUGAUGACACUCACCUUUGUUGAUGUUCCAUUAUCGCGACGUGUAAUCGUACCUCGAAAGUUGCGACAGAGCAGUUUACCGUAUACCUCUUAAAGAGGUACGAGGGAUGUUCGAAAUGAAUUGCUUAUUUCUAUCUGGAGACUUCAAAUUUCAAGUUAGCCCAGAAGGGCUCAUUUCAUGCCCUCGAAGUACUCCCCGUGGCUAGAAAUGCAAAGUUUCAGCCGAUGUAUCCACUUCUUGAAGGCGUCACGGUACGCUGAUUUGGGCACAGUAAUAAGGUACUGAUGAAUGGCAGAUCCAAGUGCCUGUCGGGACUGGUAUUUCCGCCCAGCAAGGAAUGAUUUCAAUUUCGGAAACAAAAAGAAAUCACAUGGGGCAAGGUCUGGGGAAUACGGGGGGUGAGGCAAAACAGUUACUUUUUCCUUCUUCAAAAACGCCGUAACUAUUGCGGAGGUAUGAGCGGGGGCAUUGUCAUGUAGAAGACGGACAUGUUUAAAACCAGUGGCAGGGCGUCGUUUCUAAUAAUACUUUUUCAGUUUCUUCAGUACUACGUCUUUGUAGUACUUUCCGGUGAUGCUUUUGCCCUUUUUCACCGGCACUUUUAUUGCGACUCCUUCACCAGAGAAGAAGAUUGCAUACAAAACCUUCUUUGCACUUAAAGAACGUUUGGCAAUUAUUGGGCGUUUGCUGUGUUUAGUGGCCCAGAUCUUAUUGCUAACCUUUCUGACGGGCUCAAAAUAAUGGACCUAGGUUUCAUCACCUGUGACGACAUUGGCAAACUGCUUUUUGUCAUAUUUUGGAAACAUUUGAAGCAGCUUUUUGGCCACUUUAACCCGUUGCCUCUUUUGCUCAUCAGUCAACAGAUGUGGCACCCAUCUAGCAGAAAUCUUUCUGACUUUCAAAUGCUUCUUCAAAAUAAGGUGAACCGUUGACAGUGAUAUGCAUACCUUUCGUGCAAUAUCACGAACUGUAAAUCUGGCAUCUCCUUCAAUGUUUCCCUUUAUUUUGGAAACGAUUUUUUUACGAGAUGCAGAUUUUGGCCUACCUGAUUUCGGUGCAUUUUUGAUGGACUCUACACCAGACUCAGACUUCUUUUUCCACCGCCGAACUGUGUCAUAAGACACACAAGAAGGUCCAUAAGCAGUAGAAAGUUCAGUCAUCAGCUGCUUCAAAGAACAACCAAGUUUUGAGCGAGCUUUGAUGUAAGCCCGUAUUUCAUCUUUCUUGUCGACGCUUCUACCGACCAUUUUUACUACAGUGGUCACUGAUUGCGUGUAUUCAAAUGGCAAAUUUUAUGUCUUACACUUAGUCUAACAUGUACAUUUAUACACCAUUGUGUAGGUAUUGAAUAACCCUAUACAGGUAGGUAUUGGUUUUUAUCGUGCCCCACGUGGAUAUCGAGCUAGAGGACAAUAAGCAAUUCAUAUCGAACACUCCUUGUAGCUCUGUAGAUUACCAGACGUGUGUUAUGCAACUAAAAAGACUGCAAUUAGCAUUGUAUCACUAUAACAAACUGCUUGACAAAUAAUAUUAUUAUCUCAAAUUAUGACAACAUUUUAGAUAUUUAUUAACGGCAAUAAAGUUAUUUUAACCUUUACCUACAAUCAAAGGCAACUGGCAACUGAUGCGAUUGAUUAUGUUCUUCUCACAAGCUUCAAACUUCUCUUGCAUGUAGGAAAAUAUUCGAAGAUAAUUAAACUAUUAAUGAUGUAUUUGGUCAUUGGUUGCAGUUGAACGGACCGUGAAAUUAGAAACGGAUUGAUUUAUAUUUGACUUGGAUCAAAAUUGAUAUUUUACUUGGUUGGCAUCUGGCCUUCAAAGAGUACUCUUUUAUAUUUUUCCAUUGGAUGUUACGAAAAUAUAUGAGAUCAAUUUUUGUUUGUGGUUUAACGAUUUUUUUCUUAAAUUUACAGCAUCAACAAAUCACAUAUGUUAUUGCUUGUUUAAGCAUGCGGUUUUAUGUGGAAGAUCUGUUGCAAGAACAAAGGUAUACACAAAGUUGCUGAUGCAAUCUUGGUUCCAUUAAUAAAUUGAUUAAAAAUGGACAAUUUCAUUACCAAAAUUCUAUUUUUUACGGUUUCAGUGUGCAUUUUGGACAUUUUAGUAGUCUGUGCUACAAGUAAAGAAAAUUUUCAAAUUAAGAAGGAACAUUUAAAUAAACGUCUGAUGCCAUAUACAUUUCUUGAGGUAACUGUUGCCAGUCAUCACGACUGUGCACGUGGAUGUUUCCAUUUUGGGGGAGAAUGUAAGGCAAUAAACUUCAACAGGAAAACCAAAAAUUGUGAACUGAAAUAUAAAGAAAGCAGUUCGGCAGAUAUUUCAGAGUUCGAACAGGAUUGGGAGUAUAUUUUUACGGAUAUUAAAGAAUGGCCAAAGUCAAUGAUGGGUGGUUGCGCAGCUCACAAUUGUCAGAACCAUCAACUUUGCUUGCCGUUAGGACACAGUGACUUUCAAUGCGUGGAUAAGGAAAAUUGUGGACCAGCGCCGACUAUUGGCCAUGGAACUGUGUCAGCACCAAUAACUACAGAUGGGGCAGCAGCAACGUACUCAUGUAUCUUUGGCUACGAAAUCGUUGAUGACGUCACAACAAAAAGAUGUAAAGCAGGAACGUGGACUGGGGAAACAAUAGUGUGCUCUUUGAAAGACUGUGGACCUCUGGCAGAUGUAACAUAUGGAACAGUUUCGGCCCCAGUUACAACACAUGGAGCUUCGGCGACGUUUUCGUGUCAGUAUGGAUACGGUUUUACCUCAGGAGAUUCUACAAGAACAUGUGUGGAUGGCAUAUGGAGUGGUGUACAACCAACUUGUACUAUCAAAGAUUGUGGUUACCUACCAGGUAUCACAGAUGGCUCAGUACAUACACCAGUAACAACACAUGGAGCUGUGGCAGUAUAUGAAUGUGAUUUUGGAUAUCAGAUUACUUCUGGAGACUCUACCAGGACAUGUGACGAUGGAACAUGGGGCGGCGCCGGGGCUGUUUGUACACCAAUACCAAAUAUUGGCUGCUACACUGUCGGGUAUUCCUAUUUGUAUGAAGGAACACGUCAUCAUUCUCAGAGCGGUUAUUUGUGUCAGAGUUGGGAUGCACAAAGUCCUCAUGGUCACGACAGAACCAAUCCGGCCAAUUUCCCAGAUGACUCUCUAUCCGCGGCCGAGAACUACUGUCGUGAUCCAGACAGAGAGGGUGGCGCCCCCUGGUGUUAUACAACAGAUCCAGGUGUACGGUGGGAGUUAUGUGGUGUCCAGUCGUGUUAAUGAAAUACAACACAUCUGAUCGAAGAACUGUGUAAUUGUUUCAUUUGUAAUGAUUCAUUUUAUCGAUGACAGCAACUCUGCGAGAUCAGUUUUAUUAGUCCGCUAACCUAAUUUAUACAUAGCUUAUCAUUGUAAAAUGACAGUCUUAAUAACAAACAUUUCUUUCAUAUGAAAAAAAUUAAAUGCUUUUAACUAUGUACUUCUGGUCUACAGGCAUGUUGUGAAGGUAAAUUUUAGAUAAAGCUGCGUCAUAAGACUAAGAAGCUUAAUUUAGUAUAUAAUAUAUAUUGAUAACACCUUGUGUUUGCUACAUGCCUCUAGUACCUCACUUAGGAUAUUGAAAUGCAUACAAUAUCAAAAUCAACAAGGUAAAUGCAAAUGCAGAAUUUGUAGAGAAUGUUCUGUCUGAUUGUUCAGAACAGGAACAGUAAUAACAAGGGGUUGCAAUCACAGUAUGAUGUUAAUAGUAUUGAUUAUACAUGGAUUCAAUUUGGGAAAGGAAACAAGGUAUAAUAUUUAGCAAAUAAUCAAGGCCUUCGAGUUGUUUAUCGUCUGAUUUACCACGGUUCAGAGUUCAGAUGCGUAGGAAUUGAACCACGAGGGCGUUAGCCCGAGUGGUUGAAUACUGAAGCAUCUGAACGAUGAACCGUGGUAAAUUAGACGAUAAAUAACAAGAAGGCCUUGAUUGUUUUCAUUCUGACAUGCUCAUUGAUAUAUUUUAAUAGAUAUUAUACUGGACUUUGUUUACGCGAGGAGUAAUGUAUCGGACGUCAUGCGGCAAUAUGACGUCAUAAUUGACGCAUAAUGCGCUCUUACCGGUCUGCGCGUCAACCGUUGUUUAUCGCAGAAUAUAUAGAGCUUGAUUUUCUUCUUUGUUUAACUGGACAUCAAAUCGAGCCAUGUUAGAAUAUUCCAUAAAAUACCUGUUUGUUAAAGACUAAGAAGCUUACUUUAAUAUAUGAUAUAUAUUGAUAAUACCUUGUGUUUGUUACAUGCCUCUAGUACCUCACUUACUUUAAUAUAUGAUAUAUAUUGAUAAUACCAUGUGUUUGUUACAUGCCUCUAGCACAUGACUUACGUUAAUAUAUGAUAUAUAUUGAUAAUACCUUGUGUUUGUAACAUGCCUCAAGCACCUCACUUACUUUAAUUAACAAAUAUUCAAGGCAUUCGCGUUGUUUAUCGUCUAAUUUACCACGGUUCAGAGUUCAGAUGCGUAGGAAUUGAACCACGAGGGCGUGAGCCCGAGUGGUUAAAUACUGAAGCAUCUGAACGAUGAACCGUGGUAAAUUAGACGAUAAAUCACAAGAAGGCCUUGAUUGUUUUCAUUCUGACAUGCACGUUGAUAUAUUGCAAUAAAUAUUAUGCUGGAAUUCAUUUACACGAGGAGUAAUGUAUCUGACGAAAAGGCGGCUACAUGACGUCAAAAUUGACGUCAUAAUGCUCUCUUACCGGUCCGUGCGUCGACCAUUGUUUAUCGCAGGAUAUAUUGCGUUUGAUUUUCUUCUUUGUUUAACUGGAAACCAAUUCGAGCUAUGUUAGAAUAUAUGAUAUAUAUUGAUAAUACCUUGUGUUUUUUACAUGCCUCUAGCACCUCACUUACUUUAAUAUAUGAUAUAUAUUGAUAAUACCAAUUGUUUGUUACAUGCCUCUAGCACCUCACUUACUUUAAUAUAUGAUAUAUAUUGAUAAUACCUUGUGUUUGUUACAUGCCGCUAGCACCUCACUUACUUUAAUAUAUGAUAUAUAUUGAUAAUACAUUGUGUUUGUUACAUGCCUCUAGCACUUCGCUUACUCACUUACUUUAAUAUAUAAUAUAUAUUGAUAAUACCUUGUGUUUGUUAAAUGCCUCUAGCACCUCACUUACUUUAAUAUAUGAUAUAUAUUGAUAAUACCUUGUGUUUGUUACAUGCCUCUAGCACCUCACUUACUUUAAUAUAUAAUAUAUAUUGAUACUACCUUGUGUUUGUUACAUGCCUCUAGCACCUCACUUACUUGUUUGUUAUGGUUGUAAUGAUAUCCGAUGAACAGUGAUCGAAUGCUAUUCCUACAGAUUUAUUUUAUGAAAGUAUAGAUGUUGAAAACAGAAAACGCCUUUCUGCGACUGUAUUGAAGGUGAAAGCCAAGUACCCUUGACUGUCACUUGUACUAUGAUUUUAGACUUGAUUUAAACAAAUGUGAUUUAUUAAUCCCCCUUCUGAUAUAUAUUGAAACACAACACUGUGGGAACAAAUUUCACUGACGGCAACCCUGUCGCGCUAAAUGUGUCAUGUUCUAAUAAUGUUACUAGUGUGCAUGUCAAAAACGUAUUCUAUGUGGUACAGAUUUAUUUAAAACUACAAUGAUCAAUGUGUAUUGAUAUUGUUUGUAUUGAUAUUGAUAUUUUCUUGAUUGACCUAGUUCACUGAAAGAAAUAUAAAAACUCUUGUAAUAAGCAUUAACGUACAUGUAUAUAAUAAUUCAAAUACCAAGUAAAAUGAUAAUAGAUAAGUCCUAUUAUUCUUAGUAUUUAUUGUUACUAGACUUGUGCAUGGCAAUGGAAGAAAACGCAUCAUAAAACUCUUAAUUUAUUCCAAAUAACUUAAAUGAUUAAAUCUUCUUUGCUACAUAUGUGGUGACCUUUUCUCUUUAGUACUCAUUCCGUUUGAAUGGUUACAAAUGUCAUAGGAAUUCCAAAUGACAUCAAUUAUUUAUAAGUAAUUAUACGGGCGGAAAUUACAUGUAUACAUGUGUUAGACGGGUUUUUUCUUACCCGAGGGACAGUUAGGAAUAAAAAAGAGCGUAAGCCAGUUUGUUUUUAUCGAAGCUGUCUUUCACAGGCAGAUAUGUUAGAUCAUUUGUAUUGCCUAUCACGUUCAAAACAGAUCGAGAUGACAAAAAGACUUGGGUAUAUUUUAGCAUUAUGUUUAAUAUAUUUUCUGAUUUCAUAACAUUGUCAGUAUUUUGUGACGUCACUUAAGUUCGCUAUUCAUUCAGACAUAUGUAAGGAGAAAAUAAGACUUAAAAAGAAUGUUUGUAUCUUUAAUUUAACAAUUUUCUUCAAAUUAAUUAAAAGCAUGAAUAAAGAAAUAAAUAGUUAAAUACAGAUACUGUUUCUGCUUUGGAUACAUAAUAAAACAUCUUCUAACAUUUUUUUGUAUUUUUUUGUUGAAGCUUAAGUAAAUAAGUAAUAAAAUAUACCGUAGAAUUCUUUCAAACUUAUUUUUUGUAUUAGACUGUGACUGUGAUAUUCGCUGACUGCAAAUUAAAUGAGACGGUAAUUAUCCAUAUCCAACGCUACCAGGAUAAACAAUAGAUGAUUCAUAAUCAAUCAUCGACAAAAAUCAGUAGGUGCUUUCAUCAGUUUUUGAUUAUCAUUCGAAUUGUCUUUUAUAACGAGAAAUGUUAAUACAUUUUGUAAUUAUGUAUCGUAAUCGUAAUGGUGGAGCUACGUAUUUUAAGAAUAAAUACAUUUUUGUCUAUGAAAAGAAGAAAAAGGUUAAUCAUUAUUAACGUAUGUUUUCCGACAUAACUUGCAAACAUAACCUGAAAAUCAAGAUUAGUCUUGACGGAAGGAUUUUCCACCCCGGCUUUGUUCCUCUAAACCAAAAUAUUUCCACACAAGAUUGAGAAUUGCUGGAAUAAGACAAACUCCACACGGCGCUGUCAGAUUUGUGUGAUAUGUCGCCAUUUUGAGAAACGUUACCGCAACCAAAAAGUAAUUCACAAAGAGAGAGAAACAACAGAAAUACCUAUGAAUUAUGCAUAGUUGCACGCUCGUUGUAGUGACAAUCGAUCUAUCGAUUGUCGCCGACUAAGGACAUUUUCUAUUAUAAUCGAUCAUCGGGGCAUCCCCAAAGAGAUCAGGUUUAAUAAAUGUAGUAAGAAGCAACAUUCAUCAAAGUAUAUAACAGAUAUUUCAGUUACAUUGUAUUUAUAGAAUAUCGUGAAGGAGGCAAUGCUUAUUACUGUUUUCUAUUGACUUAAACGAAUAUGAUAUUAUGGUUAAUGCAUCGAUAAUGACAGGAACGGGUAAUAAAGGAUUCAUGGCGGAAACUUGUGAAAUUAAUAGAAUUGUUAUGCAAUUUAUCAUUCAUUCAAGAUUUUUCCUUUAAAAACAUAUUCAUAAAAAAUAUCUUUUUUGUAUUAGUACAGCAUUAUUGAUUGAAUGUUAAUUCUUGAUCUUCUAUAAUUGUAUUUUAUUUAAUUUCUAUUGAGUGUGGGCAUCUCAACGGACAAUAGGAACUAGAUAUUACAAUAACACUGAAAAAUAUGCCACAUGCAGUCAGAUGGUUCAAAUUAAGACGGCACACUGAAACAAAGGUCUAGUAUCCAAAACAUUUCUUGUUGCUAGUCACCACGACUGCGCACGUGAAUGUUUUCGUUUUUGGGCAGAAUGUAAAGCAAUAAAUUUCGACAGGAAAAACAAAACUUGUGAACUGAAAUAUAAAGGAAGCAAUUAGGUAGAUGUUUCAGAGUUCGCCCAGGGUGGAAAAUAUAUUUUCAUUGAUAUUUCAGAAUGAAGAUAUUUUAAAUUCAAAACAUAGUAUUUUCAUUCCACAGGCGUAAAUGUGAAUAAAAAAUAUUUCAAUAUCAUCUAGAAAAACUUUAUCGUCUUUUGCACACAAGUUAAACUCUAAAUACUCAUUAGCAAAGAUCUGCCGAUAGAGGGAAAUAGUUGAGUGAAUAUCGUUGGUCAAACUUAUUCUAUCCAUGUUGCAAUCUUUAUCAUUAUAAUAGAAAAGUAAAUUAUCUAUAUUAGCCUGUCCACUUAGCUCAGAAGGAAAAGCGCAGAUCUAUGGAUCUCCGCGACGGUUUGAUAAAAGAUGUUUUGCUGAAAUCAUUCGUUUUCAACUUCUGAUUUAUGCGAGGAAAUUGAAAGUUACUUACGGAGAAUAGAUUUGUACUGGUACAUAACUGAAUUAAUUUUGAAAAACUGCCAUAAACACAAACCGAAACAAACAAACAAAAUCUGUCUAUGUUACCUGCUAAACAGGACAACUGAGUCAUGCAUGUAAGAAUCCUCAAAUUGUUUUCUUUGACUUUCACAUGUUUGACAAUUGACCAAUACUUAUAUACGCGUGUAUAUUGUGUGGUGGGGUGAGAUUUUUCUCUUUCCUACAGUAGAUUUUUCAACAAAUUUCACCUUGUGCGAAAAUCAGUUGGGUUUGAAAAAGAUCGCCUGUUUGUUGGCAAAUUUCACUACAGAAAAUGCCACACUUUCCCAAGAAAUUUCUUAGUUGAAUAUUGUAUCUAAAACAUACAAUUUUAUCUUUUCUGUCCUUUCUUAAUUCUUAUCAAAGCACGCUUUAUUAUGUACACAAUUUGACACAGCCUACACCUCCGUAACCCUUAUAUGACAGGAGUUAAGUUAUAACUUAACACUAAGAUAUUUAAACUUCUGCGAGGAAUGAUCAAUAAUUUCAAAAUGUUUGCCUUGCACAUUUUUAACAAUUACACUAUUUUAUACUUUCAUAUGUUUUCCUAAGUUGUAUAACCGGAAGUACAUGUACUUGAAAAUAAAUAAGCAUAAUACUUUGGAAAUUGAAGGCUUGUUUUUCAUGUAGGAGUAUGACAAUACUUUCUUUUAAGUUUAUUACCAAUGUUUGUUAUAAAAGUGGAUUACAGAGAAACAAAAAAAAUGUUGAGUUAUAUAACAGCGAUACAAAGGAAGUACUUCCUGGUAAUUGUGACGUAUUAGUGAAGAGAAGAAAGAGAAAACUUGACAUCUGGCAGUUUUGUUUGUUUGUUUUGGGUUUAACGCCGUUUUUCAACAGUAUUUCAGUCAUGUAACGGCGGGCAGUUAACCUAACCAGUUUUCCUGGAUUCUGUACCAGUACAAACCUGUUCUCCGCAAGUAACUGCCAACUUCCCCACAUGAAUGAUCAGAGGUGGAGGACUAAUGAUUUCAGACACAAUGUCAUUUAUCAAAUAGUCACGGAGAACAUACGUUCCGCCCGAGGAUCGAACUCGCGACCCCGCGAUCUGUAGACCAACGCUCUUACCUACUGAGCUAAGCGGGUGGGCGACAUCUGGCAGUAGCAAUGAAGAGAAACAAUAUGCGGGUCAGUAUGUUCUAUUAUUAUAAUUGUUUCAACAGGACUGUAACUGGCACGAUCAGUCAGAGUAUAAGAAUACUGUAUGUGUGACGUCUUAAAUUGUAACAUUUUCACAUGGUUGUAUUAAAACUUUAGCAAAAUUGUACUCUUUUUUAUUUUAAGCAAACAUAUGAUUUAUUUAUUAUCUCAGAUAAAAUAUAUAUGUUAAUUUUAUGACGGGUUAACCUUGUGAUCAGGUAUACCAUAUUGUCAGUUUGGUAAAAUCAACUAUUGUUACAUUUUUAUCUAAUGUAUGUAAUUAAAGUUCAAUGACUUCUCAUUAGCUAAAGUGUUUUUGUAACAGUUUUAU